AUUUAUUUUUUAACGAAGCAAAUAAACCUAUAUCAACCUGCAAAAGUGCAAACGCACUAUCCUUACCCGUCCGUCACAUUCAUUAUUCCUGGUUCCGUUUCUUCCCACCAAACGAACAACGAUGACGACGGCGUUUGAGCGUCACGCGCUUCCUCUGUUUCUGUUUCUGUUUCUGACUCCGAUUAUCAAUGCCUCCAUUCACGACUACUCCAACGAACCCUUCACUCAUCGCUCCGACGCCUUCUUCUUCCACGGCGGCAGCGAGGCCCUCUUCGCCAAAUCCUUCAUCAGGUUCGAAACGGUGACGUUUGCGCGUCCUCGCGAGUCCGCGAGCGUGCAUGGUAGGAUGCAGUCGAACACGGGUUUGGUGGAGGCGAUAAUCCUUGAGGUUCGGGAUCGGAACCGGAUCGGAGGCUCGUACCUGAAAUCCGAUCUGAUUUGCUGCGAUCCGAAGCUGGCCAAAGACCGCAACUGCAACCUCGGGGAGGUCAUCAUCCAGAAGAACCCCGACAACCAUGAACUCCCCAAACGCAUCAAAACCUUCUUCCAAGGUACCGAUGAGCAGGUCCAGAUGGACGCUGUAACCCUCGAGAUCAACGCCACCGGCAUGUACUACCUCUACUUCAUGUUCUGCGACCCUUCCCUUAAGGGCACCACCAUUCAGGGAAGGACCGUGUGGCGAAACCCUAAUGGCUACUUACCUGGCAAAAUGGCCCCUCUUAUGACCCUCUAUGGGUUCAUGUCACUGGCUUAUCUGUUGCUUGGUCUUGCUUGGUUUCUGAGGUUUGUUCAGUUUUGGAAGGAUAUUAUACAGCUGCAUUAUCAUAUCACUGCUGUUAUUGCUCUUGGAAUGUGUGAGAUGGCUGUGUGGUACUUUGAGUAUGCCAAUUUUAACUCCACCGGGACUAGGCCCAUGGGGAUUACACUCUGGGCCGUUACUUUUACCUCUGUGAAGAAGACGCUGUCGCGGCUUCUACUGUUGGUUGUCUCUAUGGGUUAUGGGGUUGUCCGCCCCACGCUAGGCGGGAACGUGAUUGCCUACAGAGUGCUGCUUCUUGGGCUGCUGUAUUUCAGCGCCUCCGAGGCGCUUGAGCUCGUCGAGCAUUUGGGAAACAUCAAUGACUUCUCCGGGAAGACUAAGCUGCUUUUGGUGCUCCCUGUGGUUUGCCUCGACUCGUGCUUCAUUCUUUGGAUUUUCUCGUCCUUGUCCAAGACCUUGGAGAAACUGCAGACAAGGAGAAACUUGGCUAAACUGGAGCUCUACCGAAAGUUUACAAACACGCUCGCGGUGUCUGUGUUGCUGUCCAUUGCGUGGAUUGGCUUUGAGCUAUACUUCAAUGCCACUGAUCCAUUGAGUGAAUUGUGGCAAAUUGCUUGGAUUAUUCCAGCUUUCUGGUGUCUGCUUUCAUAUGCUCUCUUGGUGGUGAUAUGCAUCCUUUGGGCUCCAUCACGGAACCCUACUAGAUAUGCAUACAUGGAGGAAACGGGAGAUGACUUUGAUGAGGAGGGUAUCUCUCUGACAAGCAGUGUAGCGAAGAUAAGUGGGGAUGUGGCAGCCAAGCUUGAUCGGAAGGCCAUUGAUCACGCCUUCGGAGAAGAUCUUGAGGAAGAUAAGCGAGAAUAAUGUCAAACUUGUGUAGUAUAGUAGUGUUUCAUAUGACAUCAUUUCUCCCAAGAUGUCUGUGAUGUCCAUAUAUACAUAUGGUUUUGUUGUAUGCUGCAGGUGUCUGUCAGUUGUUGAUGAUGGGGAAACAAGGAGGCAAUAUCAUUCUCAUCAUUAGAUCAAAAUCGUUUAAUCGCAAGAAAUUAGAAUAGUUUUUCAUAACAGAACAGAUGGUGUGAUAAAAUCAUCCCCCAGCUUGAUUUCAAAUGACCAUCAUCCGUAUGUAUUUACUGAUUUACAUUUCCUUUUCUUAUGGGCUCUUUCAUAGUAUAAUUUCCGGAAGCCCUAUCUACAAUUAGCAAGACGAGUUUUAAAAUUACUGCUUGAUGAUUUUAUCUUUAAGGAAAAUUAUCCUCAUUCAUUGACUGAGA